AUGUGGGUAGAGUAUGUCGAUGAGGAGGUGAUUGGUAUUAUCGAGGAGUACAUAGAAUCAGAAAACGAUCCUGUAAACGACCCUGUCGUUCUGUUUUUAAAUGGUGGACCAGGAUGUUCAUCACUUCAAGGACUUUUUCUGGAAAUGGGACCACUCAGGGUCAACAACUACGGCGAAACUGUCACCAGAAAUCCGUGGACCUGGAAUCGGUAUGCAAACAUUAUUUAUUUGGACUCACCGGCUGGUGUUGGCUUCUCAGUCCGUCUUGAUGGUCUAUGGAAUUACACUGACAGCGAGGUCGCUAGCGAUAACUACGCAGCAAUGAAAGAGUGGUUCAAAAAAUUUCCUGAACGCUCGAAAAACGACUUUUAUGCUGCAGGAGAAUCAUAUGCUGGGACGUACAUACCGAUGCUUUCAGCUCUUUUAGUUGACGAUAAGGAUAUCAAUUUCAAAGGUAUGCUAAUAGGAAACGGUUGCGUUGACGAUGUUUUGAAUUUCAACUCUCUUGUGGAUUUCAACUACAAUCACGGGUUCAUUGACGAGAGCAUGGAUAUCUCUGAUAACUAUGAUUUUGGUGCUUCACAUGUAGUCUCUCAGGCUGAAAACUUCAAAAAGGUCAUAAAGGCUGAGAAAUCUGUUGCAUUAUUCUAUGGAGACACUGACACACUUUGUAAUGCUGUUCAUGGAGCCCAGUUCGCCGCCAAUUUAGGUCUGCCUGAGAUCGCUCCUCUCCGGCCAUACCUUGACAAUGAGCAAUUACCUCCUACGAUCGGAUUCCUCACCCAGUACAAAGGUAAUGGCAAAGUGAUUCCAUUUGAAAUUGGAGUUCUCAGGAAAGAGGUUUUUCCAGGAUUGGAUCUGCUGACAGUACGUGGAGCUGGCCACUUUGUGGCGUCCACCAACGAGAAGCCGAAGGAAGCAUUACAAGUAUUUGUAAACUUCAUAAACAAGACGUCUUAUGACACUCCUGUGAGCCACGACCUCCCUUACAUUCCGCCGAGCCCAGUGUAUACCCCUACUACUACAUCUGAAGACAUACCUGUCAACUGGGAUUCCGCUCCGUGGCUGAUCACCGAUUUACCGAAUCUUGACGAACCGCUGAGUUCCAAACAGUAUUCCGGAUAUCUGAGUGUCAGUGAAACGAGGAAACUGUUUUAUUGGUACAUUGAAUCUGAGAACGAUCCAAGUAAAGAUCCUGUGGUCCUAUGGCUCAAUGGAGGUCCCGGAUGUUCAUCUCUCGAAGGACUAUUCCUUGAGAUGGGACCAUUCAGGGUGAGAAACUACGGUGCUUAUGUGACCCGUAACAAAUGGACCUGGAACCGGGUGGCUAGCAUAAUCUACUUGGAUGCACCGGCUGGCGUCGGUUUCUCCAUUGACUUGAAUGGUACAGAGCAUGUUUUCACUGAUGAUGAAGUGGCCCAUGAUAACCUUAUAGCCGUGACCGAAUGGUUCAAAAAGUUUCCUGAGCGCCGGAAUAACGAUUUCUACGUUGCUGGCGAGUCUUAUGGCGGGACAUAUGUGCCCAUGCUCUCCGCCCUUCUGCUCGAGGACUUUCCUCAGUUCAAGGGUAUGCUGAUCGGUAAUGGUUGCAUGGAUGAUCGCUUACUUUACAACUCAUUGGUUGGUUACAACUACGAUCAUACCUUUAUUGAUGAAAGUUUUUGUAAAAUGUUGAACUCAACCGUGGAUCCUGAGAUCUCAAGUUUCACUGAUGGGUUCAAAAUCAUUAAUUCAAAGUCAACUGGAUGUAUAGAAAAUCUUCCCGCUCAGGAGAAUGACUUGAAGGACCUCCAUAACUGA